AUGUUGGACGCAACUACUUCGGCGCAAACACCACCGGUACCACUGCCACCACCAUCAGAACCAGAACCAGAACCGGGAGUUGCUACAUCUCAAGGUACCCGUCACGAGCAAGAGGACCCUGCCAAGAAGAAUCACAACCAAAGCCAGCCGCUGCUAGUGCGCUCUUCGUUUGAAGACGAAGAAGACAACAAUCCGUUUCUGCAUCACCUGGGACUAACCAGUUUUAUCAUCCAACAAAGCCAAUCUCAAAAACAUCAGAAUGACCCCGAUCUAGAUGACGCGGCAACAGCAACAGCAGCAGUGCUGUCUCAUACGCAACAACACGAUUACGAAGACGAAUCAAUGUUGCUCUACAAAACCGAUGAACACCACCACCACCACCACCAGGAUAAGCUAGCAGCGCGCACCGCACAGAAGCCCCGCGCCGAAUCGUUCAACACGGUAAGCAUCAACUUUGAAAGCCGGGUCACGAAACUACUCAAGCCAAAAGUCCGCGUCAAGAUCCACAUCACCGAGGCGGGCAACUCCAACGAAGGCAUGGCGAAUGCCCUGAAGAAAUACGUUGUCUACACCAUCAAAUUGAUCAAUUUGGAUAAAAAAAAUGACGAGAUUUUGACGAGGCGAAGGUAUAGCGAUUUCGAAAGCUUGCGCGAUAUAUUGACCAAAAUUUUCCCCUUGAUCAUCAUUCCGCCGAUACCUCCGAAAAACUAUUUUGAUUUCUCGGUGCUUAAUGGGCUAGUUGGCGGUGGUAAUGGGGGGGUAGGGGGAGCAGGGGGAGCACACACGAGCAAUGGCAACGGGUUUGGAUCGAAUGGCGGCUCGAGCGGAGGUUCGAACCACGAGCAAUCGACAAAUGGCUCCUCCUCGGCGUCGGCAACGGCAGCGACAACGGCCACGGCGCACUCGUCUUCAAACUCCAACUCCAACUCCACACCAUCCUCGUAUGCCUAUAUAAACUCGAGCCAUUUGAUAGGAAACAAGUUGAUCGAGCAUCGCAAACGACUACUUGCCAAUUUUCUAAACAAUUGUCUCGAGAUCCACCAGUUGAGAAACCUCGAGUUUUUCGCUAAAUUCCUAGACCCAAAUGCCAACUGGUCGGAUGAGAUUGCCUUGAUACAGAGCCAAUUGCCCAAGAAUACCUAUUUACUGAACCCGGAAAAUGGAUUGAAAACCGACCCCAUCUAUCGCCACUUGCCCAAUCCUUCAAACAAAAAGACCAUGAGUUUUUUCAAGGAUAACUCCAAGAAACUCACCAAAAAGACGAACCAGUUGAUAUCUAGCGGUGGUGGUGGUGCUGCUGCUACUGCUGCUGCUGGCUGUGUGCCGGACCAUGCAAAUGACAUGACGGCGGAGCCAGACCAUGAAACGUUGCAGAAACAGAAGCAGGAUGAGUUUAUUGUGGACACUUCGGGGUUGGAUGAUAUGAACAAGCGCAUCAUGGCCAACUUUAUGGGGCUUAGCAACGAUUAUGCCGAGUUGGGCAGUUUUUUCAAUUCUUUCUCGUUGAUUUUUUCAGAAUCGGUGCUGCUGCGCAGUGAAGAUAACAAAUUGAAAUCAAGCAAUGAAAAUGACGACGAGUUGAACUUUAUUUUUGACAAGAUCGGCCAGAUUUUUGAUCGCUCGUAUAUUACCAUCAAUUCGCUUAUUAGUGAGUUGGAGACGAGAUUCUCGGAGCCAUUGGGUGAAGCCGUUCAAUACACGGAUAUUCUCCAUUACGUGACCAAAUACCAAGCGAAGAAAUUGAAGCAGAAACACAUGUUGGAGAGCGAGUGCAAGAGCAAAAGGAAGGAAUUGGAUGAGUUGUUGAAAAUUGAAGCUGAGGCGGGCAAGGUGGAGCACAUGAUCAAUUCUCAACAUAAUGGCAAGCAGCCGCCGCAGUACAAGUUGAAUGGAUCCAAUUCGGUGCCUCGUUCAGCACCAAACGGAGCCUCGGCGGAAGCUAACACCACCACGUCUCCAACAACAAAUCACACUAGCGGAUCCAAGUUCAAAUUCAUCCCCAGUUUCAAGAAAAUCACCCAAUACGUUAGCGAGAUCAUCGACCAGAACCCGCAACAAACGCGCAAGACCAAAAUUUACGAAUUGACAGAUAAGAUCAAGAUUUUCGAAAAGUGCCACGAUAUCAUGUUGGCCGACCUCUCGUUUAUCUUUGACGAAGUCGACAAGAACUUGAACAAGUUCCACACGCGACAGUUGAAGAUGAUAUACGAGAUUCUCCUCUACUACAACCGGUUCAUGAUCAACUGGGCGCGCAAAAAUGUGGAAAUCUGGGAAGAAGUCCGAGAUGAAAUAUUGAAAUACUAA